ACAUACAGCUCACAGUUUCCAGUUUUGGUAUGCGCGACGUUUAGAAAUUUUCUCUCUUCCGUUAUCAAAACUGUUAUUCGUGGAAUCUCCUUCUUAUCGGCGUGGAUCUUCAGCCAGCCUUUGGAAAGUGUCAUUCAGUGCGCUGUAUAACCUGCUGAUAGGCAAUCAGGCAAAGAUUUGUCGUUAAAGUAUUAAAGAACCCUGACGAUAAUUUUUCCGCCUUAGAAGCCCACGAUUCAGCCAGCGGUUUGACCUUCAUUCGUUGGAGGAAGAAUUUGCACAGGAGACAACCUCACGCGAGUUCGUCAACCAUGGAUUCGCUUCUCACCUUCGUCCUCCUCGCCUCCUCGGGCUUCCUCUUAGUAUCCUCAGAUAUGACCACAUGGCAGGUGGAGCAGGGCGGUAACGUAUGCAUACUAGCGGAGUUUAACGCAGACUUUAACAUCUCCUACUGGGCCGAGGCAUCCCAACGGGCGGGACCCUAUCAGACCAACGUGACCCUGGCGGUGCCCAGUACCGCCACGGUGUCCCCGCGCAGCGUCUGUUCGCCCCCCGACCCCACCGCCCAGGAUCUCGUUAUCACGUGGCCGGCCAAGACCCCCGGCGCGCAGCCCUUCAACCUCACCGUCCACUUCACCUACACUGCACUCAACGCCACGUACACUAUCGAAAAGGUGUCAGUGGAGUACGAUCUGGCCGACAAUGUGACGUUCCCGCUGGCCGUUGACCCGAAGACCCGCGAGGCCCAUACCACUGGGGAAUUGGUGCCGGUGGUCAAACAGAACAACACCUGGCAGUGUUUAUCGCGGGAGAAGGUGACGCUGAUUGCUGGCGACGGCCCGGCUUACGUCGUGUUCAGUAACGUCAAGGUGGAGGCCUUCCGGAUGGGAAGCGACGCUACUUGGGUGGACCCCGUGGUGUCCUGCGCCGAUGACCAACCCACGACGGUCUCGACACCCUCCACGACCGAAACGAGCACCACAUCCACCGAGACCACCACCACAUCGACCUCGACCACCUCCAUGCCAACAACUAUGUCCACGACCCUCGCGCCAGGUCCAGCGGCCGACUGGUGGGUGCAGAACCCCUCCAACACGUCCAAAUGCGUCCUGGCCAGCUUCAUCGCCCUCCUGGACAUCCAGUACACCGCCAACAACGGCACGGCCAACUACACGGCCACCACCACCAUCGGGACGGCCAACUCCACGUUGACCAUCGCUCCCGGAAGCUCCUGCAUGAACAGCACCGUCUACAACACCACGGAGAACCAGGCUAUCGUCCUCCAAUGGACCACCAAAGGGAACUAUCAGUACAUGCUGUCGUUCCUCUUCGAGAAGCAGGCCAACGGGACCACCGGGAUCUCCCAUGUCUCCGUGGUCUACGACCUCCGGGACGCUGCCAACUUCCCCAACGCGUUGAUGGACCCGACGUACGGGCCGGUGCGCGUGGCGUCCAGUGAUGCGACGGUCGCGGUGAUCGAGAGCGGCAUGUUUUUGCGGUGCAACACCGGGUUGUUGGCGAAGCUGAAGGAGACGAAGGAGAUGCUGCCCGUGGGCGUGACGACGUUCUACAGUAUGUUUGAGGCCUUCCGGAUGAGUAAUACCAGUACGUUCGACGAUAAGGAGCAGGUGUGCCCGCAGGAUUUGACCAGCACCACCGUGACCACGGCGGCGAGCACCACCCCCCAACCUGGCCCGAAAGCCCAGUGGAUGGUGAAGGACCCGGCCACCGGCGACCAGUGCAUCCUGUCGACCCUCAACGCCACCUUCUUAAUCACCUACAACGCCACCAACACCCAGACCAAGGCCUUCUACAACCGCAACACCACCUUCACCCUCCCGGACACUUCCAUGCUCUCCGUCGACACCGGACGGUCCUUCUGCAACGCCGGGACCACCGUGCCCACCCAGCGCCUCGUUCUGACCUGGACCCACGCCACCACCUACCGCUACAACCUCACCCUGGACUUCCAGACGGACAACACCACCGGGAAGACGGCGGUGGACCGGGUGACCCUGGAGUAUGAUCUGAACGAUCAGGAGUACUUCCCGGAGGCCACGAUGGACGAGAAGCUGGGGAACCUCCGCACGGCGGUCAGCGACGGGGUCGUGGUGAGGAUCGGGGGGCAUAUGUACCUGAAGUGUGAUUCGGGCGUCCCGGCCAGUCUGACGGAGACCCGGGAGAAGAAGAGUGUCGGGGUGAUGAUGACGGGAGUGAAGUUGGAGGCGUUUAGGAUGAGUAAGACGGAGACGUUUGAUGAUGCGGCGGAUGUGUGCCCCGGGGAUUUGGUGCCGACCACCACGCCCAUGCCCGUCACCUCCACCAAGAAACCGGUGCAGUUGCCCGUCUACAAUGUGACGGAGGGUGGUGUCGUGUGUCUGCAGGCCACGUUCGAUAUGACGAUGAUCAUCCAGUACUUCAACCACUCGGGCGCCGUGAUGACCGAUACGCAGAACAACCUGAACAACGCCACCGUAGACCAGACGCUGUCGCGCUGCGGCAACGAAUCCUCCAUCCUGGCUCUGCACAACUUCUUCCCCGACUGGAUUCUCAUGUUCAACUUCACCCACACCCCCACGCAGUUCUACCUGACCAACAUCAACCUGCAGUACAAUCUCUCCAACUACCCGGCGGCCAACGACACCCGCCCGUAUUAUCUGCAGACGGAUGUGAAGGACUUCACGGCGGAUCUGGGACGGUCGUACGUCUGCCACGCCGCCACGAAAUGGGCGUUGAAUACGACGAAUUCGGGGCAUUCGCUCAAGGAGCUGGAUGUGGAGUUGGCGCAGGUGAAAGUGCAGGCGUUCAUGGUCAACGGGACGCUGGGCAGUGAGCAGGAGUGCGCCGCGGACGGCGGGGAUACCUCGGAGAUUGUCCCCAUCGCCGUGGGGUGCGCGUUGGCGGCCCUGGUGAUUAUUGUGCUGAUUGCCUAUGUUAUCGGGCGACGGAGGAAUCGGGCGCGCGGCUACGAGAGCAUGUAGAACGGAUUCCGCAAAAAUGCCGCGGAAAAAAUGCAGAAAAUAAAUACUGAUUACAAAAAUCCGCGGAAAAAAUACAGUGUGCGGAAAACAUGCGGCUUUUUGACGGCAAGUUGCAAAAACAAUCAAAUGGGCUUUCCGAGUUUUCUCCUCUGUUCGAUUUCGUCGUUUUGGUUGACUGUUUGUUCUCCUUCUCUAUCCGGUUUUCGUGUCGCUCGCGUUGUAAUUUUGUCUUUUAUUUCGAUUGUAACUAUAAUUCAUAUUUAUCGCCUGGACAUACGUUAGUGUUCUUCUGUUUUUUUUUUCGGAUUUGAUUUCGGAUCGGCGUACCAAAAAAAUUGAAUGUUCUGUGUUUUUGAUCGAUGAUGAAUGAUGAUGUGUAUUAGGUAUUCCACGUAUAAUGAUAUUCCUCGUUUUUUGCUAAUGCGUGUGUGGUGGUUCGUGCUGCUCAUAAUAAAUAUUAAAUAGAAAUUUUA